AUGAACUCUAUAACGCAAACACGUCUAAGAAAGGAUACGCUAGAGUAUUUAGUCAGCAUUUCGGGUAAAGAAGCGGUCUGGAAAUCAGCACAGACCAUAUUAAAGACCCGUCCUGAUUUAAUUGAGUUACAUGAGUGUUUAUGUAUUUACUCCGAUAAUGACGCUAGUACAAGAAAGACGCCCGCAACACAGUUGCCAGUGACUCACCGAUCUUUAAUUGAGAACUGUCUUGAGGAAAAGCAUUAUGUUGCAGCUAUUGAUCUUCUCGACGCGUUUCAGAGCAAUCGAUAUCAUCCAUCCGAACAAGAAAUGCGGCAAAUGAUGGAUGUAAUUGUUAACGAUCAGAUCGAACAGGACACUGCAUAUCGGGCGUUUGUCGUCUUACAACGCGUCCUACAAACUAGUGGAGCCCAAGCGUAUCAGGUCGUAUGGAAGCCCGAGCGGGUUGACAAAGACGACGGGGUUCUUUGGGAAGGCUAUACGGAUUUUUGGAAAUUUAUUGAGAAAAGAAUACGAGCGUCAAGUGAGGACAAAUCUGUGCAAGUUACUCGAGAACUGCUUCUACUCGAGCACAUUGUCAAUGUUUUCGAGUAUGAUAUGAAGGACAAGAAAGACGACUUGGAAUCGUCAUUGAUAUUGCAAUUAUUCCCGGUAGAGAUUGGGCGAGUACGAACUAAUGUCAGCGGACCGAUUCAGGCUUUGUUUAUUCCAUUUACAGACAAAAAUUGUAUUAAUGUCAUGUAUUUGGUUCAGCGGCUCUUCAAACUGAUAAUUCUUCUCUCGUACGCUGGUCUGAUAUGUCCUGUGACGUUAGCGCGUGACGCAUAUCUACAUACGAAAAACUUGGGAUCAGAGCCUUUUCGUACGUUCGUGCAGACAAUCCCACUCAGCACAUUCAGAACACGAUAUUUGGAUGUGGCUUUGCAAGACACCAAUCUCGAAGACUUGCAUCAAGGAAGUAAAUCGCAGCCUCUUGAUUUAAACAAAAUAGUCAAAGUAUAUUUUCGGACCAAACCUUUUAGUGGCUAUAUACCAUCAAACGAUGAAUGGCGUCAUACUUUUAUGGUGGCGACCAUACUCGACAGUUAUCUUGAUUGUAAGACGUUGCGUUUGCAUGGUAAAGUAUACAGCGGAUUAGCUAAAGACGAAAGGCGACUACUUUGCGAUGAUAGGCUACCGGCAGCCAUGAACGAAUUGAGUCUUGGUUCUUGUCCGAGAGUAGAAUUUCUCAUACGGAUAGUUAACUCUAACAUAAACAGCCAGAUAGUCCACAUGGACUAA